CUCUUUACCGUCCAGAUUAAUCCUCAUUCCUCAGGCCUCACACCCCAUUAUUUAUUUCUGUCGGCCAAUAAUCCCUGCCAAUCCAACAACUCCCUUCUCUUUCGACAUCAUAUUCAUUCUUCGAUCAUCAUCGUCGCGACGGUGUCGUUUCACGAUGUGUUACGGUCAGCAACCACCGUUCUCGAGGGAAAGCCUAGUUCCGCCGCGAGCCGCCGCGCUGGCGACCGAUAACGUGGCGGUGGUGGAGAGCCUGCGGGGCCGGCUAGCCGAGACCGAAGCCCGGCUGGUGCGCGCCAGGGCCCGGGAAGCCGAGCUGAGCCGCCGGCUCGAGGAAAUGAAGCGCUUCGUCUCCGUCAUGGAGAUCCUCGAGAACUACCUCAAACGACGCUUCCUCGAGCAGCAACAACUCGUGGUCCGCCUCUUCGCCCCUCUGCCCCGUAAAUAGUAACCACACUCUCGGUGAUUCUAGCAGAUUCGCCUUUUCUUUUUCCUUUUUUGAAUUUGUUUUUUUUUGUUGAUGUGGUUGUUUAUGUUUCAUAGUUAUAUAAAUUUACACUUAAUGAAAUGCUUUGAAUUAGAAAUUUUUAGUUUCUAAA